CCCAGCUUCUUGUUUCCCUACCUCCGCCCCUAGCUGGCACUCGGCGGCUGAGGUGGCCGUGCUGUUGGGAGCGGACCGAGCCGAAGAACUAAAGGUUGGGCGGGGGCGCUGGUGCACGCGCCUCUCCUAGCGCCCCCCACCGUCUGUCCCCCAUGGCCGGCAGACGCGCAGCUUAACUCGGCCCCCGGUGGCGCGCCGAAGGGGAGUGAGCGCGAUCCCGAGGGGGCCGAGCUGGGCCGAGGGCAGGCCGGCCGCGCCCACCUGCUCGAGGCGCACUCUGACCCGCCUGCACCCCGGGGCCAGGACCCCAGGCCAAACUCUUGACUGUUGCCCAUGGGCCUCUGAGAAGGCAUUUUAAGUCCUCCCUGCUUUCCAUUUGCUGUGCUCCCACUUCAUGGGAAGGGAACCAAGACCUGGUCCAGCUCUUAGUCCCCACCACUUGCAAACACCAGGAUGGAAGUCAAAGGUCAACUGAUCAACUCUCCCAACUUCAAAGUCUCAGCAGCCCUAUUUGGAGAUGCCAUACCCCAGGUGAAAUCAGAACGACUUCGGGGACUGCUUGACCGGCAGCGGACCCUGCAAGAGGCCCUGAGCCUCAAACUUCAGGAACUCCGCAAAGUGUGUCUCCAGGAAGCGGAGCUGACUGGCCAGCUGCCCCCCGAGUGCCCACUGGAGCCUGGUGAGCAACCUCAGUUGGUCCGGAGAAGGCCUCAGGCGGCCCGAACCUACCCUCCUCCACACCCCAAUGCAGCACACCACUCUUUGUGCCCUGCUGAGGAGCUGGCUCUUGAGGCACUGGAGCGAGAGGUGUCGGUGCAACAGCAGAUUGCAGCUGCUGCUCGCCGCCUUGCCUUGGCCCCAGAACUGAGUGCUGAGCAGUGGCGGCGGCGGCGGCAGGUCCAGGCCGAUGCUCUGCGGAGGCUACAAGAGCUGGAGGAGCAGCUUGGGGAUUACCGGGUCCGCCUCGGUCUCCCAGUGCUCCCGCCACCACCUCAGUCACUACCCCUGGCUACAGGGCCAGGCAUCACCUCAGGGGUCUGCCUGGGGACACGCCUCGCUCAGCUCAGUCAAGAGGACGUAGUUCUGCACUCGGAAAGCAGCUCCCUUUCAGAGUCUGGGGCCAGUCAUGAUAAUGAAGAGCACCGUGGCUGCUUCCCUCUGUCUGAGCGUCCCUCCCCACCCAAGGCCUGGGAGCUACUCCCAGGCCAGCUGCGGUCAGUAUCUGGGACCAGCCCUGAGCACCGAACCCCAUGGAAACCACCCCCAUCUGAUCUUUAUGGAGAUCUGAAGAGCCGGCGGAACUCUGUGGCCAGUCCCACCAGCCCUACGCACUCCCUGCCUAGGAGUGCCUCCAGUUUUGAAGGACGAAGUGUGCCCGCUACCCCUGUCCUACCCCGGGGCACAGGCCCCCAGCUCUGCAAACCUGAAGGCCUCCAUUCUCGCCAGUGGUCUGGCAGCCAGGACUCCCAGAUGGGGUUUCCUCGAGUGGAUCCUGCCUCGGACCGCGCCUCGCUCUUUGCAGCUCGGACUCGCCGCAGCAACAGCUCUGAGGCUCUCCUCGUGGACCGGGCUCAGAGCUCCCCACCCGUGCCUCUGGUGCCCCCUGCCGCUGGGCCCCCAGUCUGCAAGAGCAGUGAGGUUCUGUAUGAGCGCCCCCAACCAAUCCCUGCCUUCUCCUCCCGCACAACUGGCCCUCCUGACCCUCCUAGGGCAUCCCGGCCUAGCUCUGCUGCCCCUGCCUCCCGUGGGGCCCUCCGGAUCCCCCCAGUAUGUGGAGACUUCCUUUUGGACUAUGCCCUGGAGCGAGGCCUGCCCCGUGGGGCCAGCAGUGGCCCUGGUGGCGGUCCUGGCUGGGGGGAAUUGGUGCCUGCAAGUGAGGUCCCUGGACCCCUCUCCCGCCGAGAUGGGUUUAUCGCCAUGCUCCCAGGCCCCCCACCAGCAUAUGCAACUGACAGCAGCAGCCCCCUUCUCCGCAACAAAGAUCCCCAGCCUCGGGGUCCCCGCCCCAAACCCUGUGGCCUGCCUAUGGAGGCUUCUGAGGGUCUGGAGGUACACCCCAACUCUUUGCUGUGGAUGCCCCCUCCUACUCGCAUUGCCCCAGCUGCUGAGCGCAGUGGCCACAAGAAUCUUGCUCUGGAGGGGUUGCGGGACUGGUACAUCCGGAAUUCGGGCCUGGCCAUAGGGCCCCAGCGCCGUCCUGUGCUUUCCCACUUGGGCUCGCAGCAUCCACCCUUCCUCCACGCCCGCUGCUAUGAGGUGGGCCCAGCGCUGUACGGGGCCCCCAGCCAGGCACCGCUCCCGCACUCAAGGAGUUUCACGGCGCCCCCUGUCUCUGGCAGAUACUACACGGACUUCCUGUACCCCCCGGAGCUGAGCACUCGUUUAAGUGAUCUGACACUAGAGAGGGAGCAGUCUUCCAGUUCUGACCCCCAAACCCCAGGCACACUGGUUUGACUCCUUUGGCUCUCCUGCUCCUGGCCUGAGUCCAGUCGGAGGAGCACACAUUGACCUCGCUGAGCACUGACUGGGUGGAGUUUAUAACUAUCAGUCUUAGUGGGAGGGUCAAGCUGAUCUUCGCAGACCCUGCCUCCUUUGGACCCAUGAAGUGGGGGUCCCUGUUUCUGACAUCCCAAUGCUCCUCAGUGUGCUGGGGAUGGGGGCCACUCAGCCCACUUGAAAAGGGGGGGAUGAUGUCAUGAGGAUGCCAAGCCCCCCUUCCAUUUCUGUUUACAGUUGUGAUUUAGAUAUUCACUGUCUUGCCCCCACUCCACUAGAUAUUUUAUAAAAGGGAAACUGUGAAGUUUUCUGGUUGGGUUCAUUCCUGUUCCCUAUACCCAGCCUCUUCCGUUCUGGACUCCCCCCACCCUGAAAUGGACCACAUAGGGACCCUCUACCCCGGGUGGGGGGCAACCAAGACACUGGUGCACACAACUUCCUGCUACCUUUCCCUGCACCAUGCUAGUUCUUAGGGAGGUGAGCCCUCUGCCCACAGUUGGAAACACUGAAGUCGGCGGGGGAAGGCAGUUCAUUUCCCCACUCUCAGAAGUGCUCGAAUGCACCCUGGUCCUUGCCCAUGCCCACUACCUUUUCCACAGGGAGAGAUGGCCUGGCCUGUCGGGCAGCCUCUGCUCUUGCAAUCUGCAAACUAAAGGACCAAAGGGCAGAGACUUAGGGUGCACCAUACUGGCAAGCUGUGGUGGUAGAACCUGGUGUUUUGAAGACACCAGUCAGCCUCAGGUGACCUGUGCCCAUGUGCAAUCUUCCAGCUUCCAUGGCUUCCUUCCAGAUGCCACUUUUUUUCCAAUAAAUCCACACAGG